UUUUUUAUUAUUGUUUUCGACUGUAAUUCCUGGGCCUCGCGAGGCGUAGGUAAGGCGCGACAUGCAAAUGCGCGCCCGCGGAGGCUGGCGCUUCCCCGCGCCGGGUUCCGGCCCCGAUCUGAACUCUCUCUCCGUUUGCAGGGAUGGAAGACGCCAGCCUGUGCCUGGGCGUGUCCUCGGGGGCGGCGGACGCGGAGCCCCGGCGGAGCGGCCCCGUCCUCAACGGCCAGUAUGCCAUGAGUCAGAAGCUGCACCAGAUCACCGCGCAGCUCAGCCAUGCCUUCCCCGAGCGGCACCCGCGGCCCGGCCCGGAGGACAAGCCGCCCGCGGCCCUGGACGACAAGGCCCACGUGCCCAUGAGCGGCCAGCCCAUGGGCAGCCCGAUGGCGCUGCUGGCCAGCCCGCUGGGCCGCGACGUGGACACCAGCCUCAACGGGCGCGUGGACCUGCAGCAGUUCCUCAACGGGCAGAACCUGGGCAUCAUGUCGCAGAUGAGCGACAUCGAGGACGACGCGCGCAAGAACCGCAAGUACCCGUGCCCGCUGUGCGGCAAGCGCUUCCGCUUCAACAGCAUCCUGUCUCUGCACAUGCGCACGCACACCGGCGAGAAGCCCUUCAAGUGCCCCUACUGCGACCACCGCGCGGCGCAGAAGGGCAACCUCAAGAUCCACCUGCGCACGCACAAGCUGGGCAACCUGGGCAAGGGGCGCGGGCGCGUGCGCGAGGAGAACCGCCUGCUGCACGAGCUGGAGGAGCGCGCCAUCCUGCGCGACAAGCAGCUGCGGAGCGGCCUGCCGCCGCCGCGGCCGGACCUCAAGCCCGCGCCGCACGCGCAGCCCGCGCCGCCCGCCGCCUGCCACCUGGCGCCCCCUGCCGCGCCUGGCGCGCCCGACGCCGCCCGCCCCGCGCCCUCGCCCAAGCCGGCCGGCGGCGCGCAGGACGACGCGGUGGCCCCCGCCGCCGGCUUCCGCUGCACCUUCUGCAAGGGCAAGUUCAAGAAGCGCGAGGAGCUGGACCGCCACAUCCGCAUCCUGCACAAGCCCUACAAGUGCACGCUGUGCGACUUCGCCGCCUCGCAGGAGGAGGAGCUCAUCAGCCACGUGGAGAAGGCGCACAUCACGGCCGAGUCGGCGCAGGGCCAGGGCCCCGGCGGCGGCGGCGAGCAGGCAGCCAACGAGUUCCGCUGCGAGGUGUGCGGGCAGGUGUUCAGCCAGGCCUGGUUCCUCAAGGGCCACAUGCGCAAGCACAAGGACUCGUUCGAGCACUGCUGCCAGAUCUGCGGCCGGCGCUUCAAGGAGCCCUGGUUCCUCAAGAACCACAUGAAGGUGCACCUCAACAAGCUGUCCGUGAAGAACAAGGCCCCCGGCGACGCGGAGGGGCCGGCGCCGCUGGGCGGCAUGUCCCAGGAGACGCACGCCAACCUGUACUCCCGGUACCUGUCCUGCCUGCAGGGCGGCUUCCUGGCCCCGGACAAGGCCGGCCUAAGCGAGCCCGGCCAGCUCUACGGCAAGGGGGACCUGCCCCUGAAGGACAAGGAGGCCCUGGGCAAGCUGCUGUCCCCGCUGGCCAGCGUGGCCCACGGCGUCCCCGAGGGCGACAAGCACUCCCUCCUGGGCUGCCUGAGCCUGGUGCCGCCGCUCAAGUCCAGCUGCAUCGAGCGCUUGCAGGCGGCGGCCAAGGCGGCGGAGAUGGACCCGGUGAACAGCUACCAAGCCUGGCAGCUCAUGGCCAGGGGUGUGGCUGUGGACCACGGCUUCCUGUCGAAGGAGCGGCCGCUGCAGCGCGGCCAGGAGGAGGCGCUGGCCCACGUGGGGGUCGCGUUCGACAAGGAGAAGCGUGAGUACGUGUUCGUGGGGGCGGACGGCUCCAAGCAGAAGAUGCCGGCGGAUCUGGUCCACGGCGCGAAGGCGGCCGGCCAGAGAGACCUGCCGGCGAAGCUGGACCCCCUGGAGGGCGGCCGGGAGUUCCUGCCGCAUGGGCUGAGCCCGGCGCUCGACUACCCCCUGCAGGGCCCCGGCGGCCUGAAGGAGAAGCCCACCGAGUGCCCGGACUGCGGCCGCGUCUUCCGCACCUACCACCAGGUGGUCGUGCACUCCCGCAGCCCCCGUGCCCGCGGGGACGCAGCGUGGGCCGACGCGCCGGUGGGAGGCGGCGUCUCCCUCCGAGUCCGGGCGCGCGGAGCGGGGAGGCCGCGGGCAGGUCGGGGCCCGGCACUCAUUACUCCUGAGCACGUGUCCUCGGAGCCAUCGAUCCGCCGAGAGCCGGAUAAAACGUGA